AUGGACGAAAGGUCUCAAUUGCCGGGAAUCCGCCCGGAUCUUCCUAGCCUGAAAGAGUUGAUUGCCCUUUUAAAUCUUCCCAAUAGCGGAAUCGACGUAGAUGCUUGGAGGGCGUAUUUUGUAGCCUGUUGGAUAAAGGCUCGCAAGUUAAAUUAUCACUACGAAAACAGCUUAAUACGCCGUAUGGCACAAGAUUCAUGGCAGCAAGAACCAGAAAAUGUUAAACUUUUGUACGUUGGAUUAGCUGAUGAAGCUAUGAAUGUUCCAAGUACUUCUAAUGUCGCAAAUCAAGGAUCUACUUCUUCCGAUCCUUCCGAUGAAGAACAACAAUCUACUUUUGCAAACACAUUAGGUGACUUCGAUUACUUUAAUGGAAAUGCAGCAGAAGUCUUAUUUAAAAAUCAAUCGGGAAUCUGA